GUCUCUCGGUAAUGUUACAAAACCAAUAGGGAGGGAAAAGGAAAUACGCCCUGAAUCAGAGAGACGGUACACCCCCCCCCCCCCCUUUAAUGGAGCAAGGGCAAUUUACUGAAUGCCCACGUACUAAACACCACAAGCGAUUUUUAUUUUGGGCGUAGGUUAGCUUGUCCUUUCCAGCUGCAGGAGGGUACAGGCCAGUGUAGGCUGAGCUUUCCGACUUGCAGUCCGAGGGUCUGAGCAGCAAAUCUCACUGAGCGAACAGGGAUCUCUGCACGCUGCAGCAAGCACCUCAAACCCUCUCUGCAAAAGCUGCAGGCCUGACUUGAUGAGCCCAUGGAUCCCAGAGAUUGGUAGAGGUUUCUAUUCUGUCUUAUCAAGUCUUCACUGGCAAAAUUGGAUUCAACCGACAUUACAUGUUGUAAUAGUCUAACCAAAUGGGAAUUAAAAUGCUAAUGGCUGUAACAACUCUACCAGCUACCAGUCACUAUGUAUCACCUAACCCAAAGCCACCACCUCUGGCACCAAAGCCCGACAAGGACAAUAUCAAGUUACAAAAGAUCUUGAAAAGGGCUGCGAAACGCAAGGCGGCACAAACAUAUUUGCAGGCUAUGGAUGCAUCAGAAAAGUCUCACUCCUAUUUACCUAAGCCUUUUCGCUCUAGUCUGUCUCCUGUUAAUGAAGCUGGUCCUGACCUAGAAUACUAUGAACACCACUCUCGAUCUCCACGAUCUCUUCUGUCUCCGACAAUACCAGGAUCACCUUUUCCACCUCAUAGACAAGGUCCAGCAAUAGUGACCCAUGCUCAUGUUGCAAGUCCAUAUCCUGCACGUAAAUCCUUCUACAAGGGCAAAAUUGAGCUCCUCCCUAAAAUACAAAUCAGCGCCCCACAGUCACCUGCUGAAAAUCAGAAUCAAGCACUCAGAAAAUUGCCACCGCCAAUGGCUCCUGCAAAGUUAUUCACCAUUCCAACUAUCCAAUCAGGUAUCAAAGCACAAGAAUUUCCCAGAUUCUCAGUACCACCACGAUUUUCUCCAAGCAUUUAUACACCAAGGUCAUGGCCUACCUCUGAGGUCCCAACAGCAAAUAUUUCCACAGGUGCUUCCAUUGCAUUUAAAGCUCCUGAUGUUCCUGAACUUCAUGUCACAAACACCUUUGGUGCCAAUGGCCCUGACAUGAAUGUAGCUAAUGCUGCAGUACCCGUGGAUGAAACUUUCACAGUAAAGAUGGCCACCAAUGAAGCUGAAGUGGAAACCUUUCUCCACUCUCCUCGAGCAAGGGCUCCAGCCCAUGAAGCUACAAGAUCAAGUGCCAAAUUUGACCUAUUUGGGGCAAAUGCUCUUCAAAAUGAGGUGAGUCAAGAAAAUCUAACCAAAAACACUGCCGAUACUUCAGCCAUUAAGAAUGACAAUCUUACGGUUGGCAUUGGUGCCGUUAAAUUAGAAAUUCAACGCACAGAGAUGACUGCACAGAAAAUCAAAGCUGAAACCAAACCCAGACCACUUGACAUUGCUGUUGAGACAAUUACUCACGAGGGAGCUGAGGCACUUCCUAAAGCAGAAGCUCAGUUGCAAUCGCCAGACAGAGUUAAACCUCUGAAAAGUAAGGUCAGUGGUUGGACCCGUCUCAAGAAACAUAUGAUAGUGGAAGAGCCACCAAAAUUCCCAGAGCCGGAACCAGAUCUGCCACAAUCAGGAUCACAAGAAGAGAACCAAGACAAGUCAGAGGCCAAGAAACAAGAGUCACAGAAGGCAAAAGUGUCACGAGCUAAUAAGAUGUGGGAUGCUGUGUUAUUUCAAAUGUUUGCUGCCGAACAGCACAAGCAAAGUGAAGAGGAGUCAAUUUUGGACAAAUCCAAGCAAAUACAACAAGCUCCUCCAGUCUUUAGUAGCCGCCUGCCUCUUCUGCUGUUUAGACCUCGAUUUGAUGCUAGGAAGUUAAAGGAAGCAGCUGAAAGGCCCUUGAAGAAGAUUAGUACCACGUUGUACGAAUCAGGGCUGCAUCGCAAAAGAAUUGAGGAUGAAGAACUUAAGGACUUCAAUCGGACUGCAAAAGGUUGGCCAACACAACACAAGGAAACAAGCUAAACAUGCAAACUAACAAAAUAAGGUCAGCGACCAACAUCCAGUGGUGUAGGUCAAUAGCCAUUGCACUGAUGGAGGAAAAAGAGUUACACAUACAGACAGUAGCACAUCUGCUGCCAAUAAUGAACUUUUUAUUAAAAAUGUUAAAUUCUUACAUACAAAGUGUUACUGAAUGUAAUAAAAUGUAAAUCUCAAACAGGUUCUGCUUUUUUGAACAAUGUUUAGCUUGUUAUAAUCUAUGAUUGAAUAUGUUGCACAUUAGUGGCUUGAUUUGUAUAUGAAUGUAUUCUGAUUGCUUAAAAGAAGAUUGAAAAGAACUGGCAAAGCGAUUGAUUGAAAAAGAUAAGGUAAGCCAUGGUAUGAAGAUUCAAAGCUGACAUGAGAAAGGACAUUUAAAAGCAACGUAUUAGCAUGACAAACAUUCCUUGGCAUAGGAGGGUUGCCAAGAAUGAUGUGUAUUGUAGAGUAUGAUCUACAAUCUGUGCCAGGCAGCACAGCGCCUUUCUGUAAAAUAUUAUUACUUUGAACCUCAGUAAUUGGAGGCUUUGCAAAACAAAAAGCUUUGAAUUCAUUUUCAUGUACUUUUUCACCGUUAUACAAAUAUAGGGGGACUGAAUGCUCAAUUGAACUCGACUGUUCUGUACCAACAAGACCCAAUGGUUUUAUCCAAGAAGAGAACACAUGAUUUCUUGAUACCCAGGAGUGUAAAGGAAGGAAGGAGCCUUUACAGUGCAUGGCCACAACUUCCUGAGGUAGCAGAGCAAGUGAAUAAUCAAGAAAGCACUGGAGGAUAUUUUCUCUGAUUAGAUAAAGUAUAGACUGUAGAAGGUUGGAGAUUAUGGGGAAGGGUCCUGCGGUGCAGCGGUAGCAUCCCUACCUCUGAGCUAGAAGGCCUGGGUUCAAGUCCCACCUGCUCCUGAGGUGUGUCAUAACAUCUCUGUUUAGGAUGAUUUAACACUAGAUAAGUCACAGAGUGCUACAUGUAGUUAUGACAAUCAAAUGAUUUAAUUACACGAGAAACUCUGCGGAAAUGAUUUAUGAGAAUGUUACAAGGACUGGAGAAGUUUAGCUACAAGGAGUGAUUUGCCAGGUUAGGCCAGAGAUGGAUGAGGGGAGAUUUAAUCAGGGUGUAUAGUAUUACAGGUGGGUCUAAGGGAUCUUGGUGUUCAAGUGCAUAGCUCCCUCAAAGUUGCCACCCAGGUGGAUAAGGUUGUUAAGAAAGCAUAUGGUGUUUUGGCUUUCAUUAACAGGGGGAAUCGAGUUUAAGAGCCGCGAGGUUAUGCUGCAGCUCUACAAAACCCUGCUGAGACCACACUUGGAAUAUUCUGUCCAGUUCUGGUCACCCUAUUAUAGGAAAGAUGUGGAGGCUUUGGAGAGGGCGCAAAGGAGGUUUACCAGGAUGCUGCCUGGACUGGAGGGCUUGUCUUAUGAGGAGAGGCUGACUGAGCUUGGACUUUUAUCUCUGGAGAGAAGGAGGAAGAGAGGUGACCUGAUCGAGGUUUACAAGGUAAUGAGAGGCAUGGAUAGAGUCGAUAGCCAGAGACUUUUCCCCAGGGCAGGAUUGACUGCCAUGAGGGGUCAUAGUUUUAAGGUGUUAGGAGGAAGGUAUAGAGGAGACGUCAGAGGGAAGUUCUUCACCCAGAGAGUUGAGCGCGCAUGGAAUAGUUUGCCAGUGGUAGUCGUGGAAGCAGAGUCAUUAGUGACAUUUAAGCGACUGCUGGACAUGCACAUGGACAGCAGUGAAUUGAGGGGAAUGUAGGUUAGGUUAUUUUACUUUUGGAUUAGGAUUAUUCCACGGCACAACAUCGUGGGCCGAAGGGCCUAUACUGUGCUGUACUUUUCUAUGUUCUAUGUUCUAAAGUGAACAGGGAAACUUUAUUUCCCUAAGUAGGGAAGUCAAUAAACAGAAACAUAGAUUUAAUGCAAUUGGUAGAAGGAUUAAAGAAUUGUCAGAGAAAGUUGGGGGUGGCAGGGGUCUGGAACUCACUUUCUAAAAGGAUUAUAAAAGCAGAAACUUUAAUUGCAUAAAAGGUGGAUUUCGAUAAUCACUGCAACCUAAAAGAUUAUGGAGCAAGAACUGGAAAGCAGAAUCAGGACAGAUAACUCUUUUUGACUGACACCAAUAGUGCCUAUGGUUUCUAUGAACAUUAAUUCCAAUUUACAUUUGUACACCAUCUGUAAUAUACCAAGGCACUUCAAAUAGAUGUUGGCAAACAAAACUUGAUAAAAAUUUACAUCAGGGGCCAUUACGGCAAAUAAGUUUGGUCAAAAGGCAAUUUUAAAGAAAUGUCUGGUAGACUGAAAGAGGUAGAGAGGUGGAGAGUUUUAUAGUGGAAGUAGCACAGUUUAGCUGGCGCACACAUGAUCGGCUGUAUAGCCUUGUUUUGUGACGUAAAUCACGAAUGGUUCUGUGAGCAAACAGAUUGCCAUUUUUCUGAAGUUUUGUUGGGGAUUAAUGAUAUGAAGCCACUCUCUUAAAGGCUGCUCAAAAAUUAUUCUGGGGGCUCUUAUACGUGGUAAGAAGCCAUCAAUCUCAGAUGACCUUGCAUCCAUGAGUAUCACAACAUAAAUAGAUUUAAGGUAGGCUUAAAAUUAAUCCAGAAAGAAAGAGAUGAGACAAUUUGGAAGUUACAGGUUUUAUGACUUGCAAUUCAAGCACUGUCAGGUGAGAUGUAACAGCAAACAUUCCUUUUCAGCAAACUGCUUCGACAGUGCAAUUUUUCCACAUAACUAAAAUUCUCCAGUCCUGCUAAUAUUCUUGCAAAUCACCUCCAUACCCUCUUUAGUGCAAGAGCACCAUUCCUGUCGUGUAAUGACUAGAACAGCAUAAAAUGUAACUUGCAGUGUUUGCCAGCAGUGAGGCAUACGAUUUUUGAUUAGCCAUUCCAUUACAGGCUCUUCCUGAUUUUCAAUAGUGUGGACUUUGAUAGACAAGAAAACCAGAGCAUAGAUGCGGUUAUUAACAAGGAUGCUCCCUGAGGGAAGACUGGAUAUGCUUCCCCAUUGUGAAUCUGAUAUUGUCCAUUUUACAUUUCUUCCAGAAAGUUAAGAUUAACACCAGUGUCUAAACUUUUGAUAAGUACCAAAAUUCUUUGUUUAUGUUACGCUGUUACACAUGAAGUACAGGGAAGACACCCCAGAAAUGAGUGGAAUAAUACGAGUCUCUUUGCUACUGAAAAAGUGGAUUAAUAUUAUAGAAUAUUUCCAUCAGACACAAGAGCUCUUUGUGCUGAUGAAUGGUCUUCAGUCAAAACAUUAAGCUAUCUUUUCAAAAUUGGAACUUUUUUUUGCUCAGAUUCUCAUCAUUUGGUUUUUCCUUUCAUCCUCAAUGUGAAGCCUAUCACAUCGAUUGAUAAGUGGGUGACUGAUGGAAGCAAAUGGAAGCAGUCUGUAUUUUUUCUUUUCGUGGAAUGACAACUAACACUAGGUAAUUACGACUUUAGUUGUUGUGCAUAAUAAUGUCAAAACUUUCUUUGUGAAGAGUUUUAUUUUUUGUUGUUUCUGACAAAUCCUGAAGCAUGUUUGCUCAGCUUUUCUAAACAAAAAGAGAUAUUCACAAAUUCAUUUAUAAUAACCUGGCAGUCAGCAUGUGAAUAAAUUCUUAAUACGGUGUAGUUUAAUGAGUAGUGAUACUGCCACAAAUUUAUUGAUACUGUGGAUGCUCUUGAAACAAAAUCUAAACUGGUUAAUGCUUGGUCUUAUUUUGAGCAAGGGAAAGGGUCACUCAAAUAAUCCUUUUUUUUUGCAUAUCAUCUCUGCCUACCUAGUUCCUUCACUCUUUCCCUUCGCAGAGUCUUUUGGCUUCAAUAUUUGCUUUUGUUCAAAUAGUGGUGAGAGGCACAACUGAAAACGUUUUACAGUGAUUGCUUGACGAGGCCACUCCAAUGAGUGUAUUGUUAAAGAAUGAAACACUGGCCAGCCUGAGUUGACAACAUCUCUACUAAUUAUAAAUUGAAAAUUACAGAAAACAUGGUAUGGGAUCCUAGAUUCCUUUCAUGAAAACUGUGACCAGCAAAAUUAUCCAAGAAAAAAAACAUUCUUAAACACCAAAGGAAGUCCGUAGAUAACCAGCUAUAACAUGCAAGCCUUUUUGUUCUUUUACUAAAUUAUUUUUUCGGUUAGAUUUGCAAUGGAAUAAAUGGUCACAUUAACUUGACUGAUAUCUGCACAUUUUUCUAAUUCCCUUUUUCAUAAAUUUCAACAUCAAAUUUUUGCUUCCUUUAGUGCUGAGGCAGAACUUAUAGACCUCACAAAGUAAUGGCUGUGUAUGGCUUUGUGCCACAUGGUAAACACUGAAUUUUAUUUCCACUUGCCUUGGUCCAAGUCUCUGCAAUGCAAACCUUUUCUUGGUAUGGACAUAAUAUUGAAAUUUAAUAACAUUUCUACAAUUGGUGCUUUUGAAAAGGUGGUAAUUCCUGUUACUUGUUUAUCUUGUAUUUUUCUUUUUUACCUAGCAUUACAAAUAGGAAAAAACAUCCUUGAAUAAGAAAUAUAGCCCAACUUUUACAGCAUUUAGUUAUUAAUAAUGGAACAAAACCUGGUGUCAAGUACUGUCAGACGGUUAUUACAGAUCAUGAGUGUUUACAUGUUAAUCACACAAAACUUAUGUGGACUUGCUGUAUUGGCUUACUUUUCCAUUUACUGGGCUGUCAAUUCAUGUCAAGAAUGGUCAUGAUUUCAUUUUAGAGGAACACUGCUGAUGCCAUCUUUCCUGCUGUAUAUUUUGCUGAUGGAUAUCUUUCUAUAACAUUAUACAUAUUCAUGGAAGGCAAUGAGUAAUAAUAUAGAUUGGAAAUAUUUGUAGCAACAGAAGGCCAAUGGUCUUCAAGCCAUCAAGUGUCAAACAGUAACCAUGUACUUUUUAGAUAAGGGUAUCAUGAAAACACAACCCACUCCCUCCCUGACAUUGCCCUACAUUUACCAAUAUUGCACCAUAACCUUUCACCAAAGUGUGUAAAAUGACAGCCUUGCUUCCUCGUCAUGGUGUAACCAAGACUGGUAACUCAUCAAAUAGAAACAAAGCUGUUUGUAGCAUUGAAGCAGAUCACUUGACCCACUGCACUGGGUCCUUCUGGAAGUAUCUAAAGUGAAUGCCACUGUGCCAUUCUCUUCCCAUGAUCAUUUAUCUUUCUGUGUUUUAAAGGUGGGUCUAAUCUUUUGAUGAAAGCUAAAAUGAUGUCUGCAUCUAACUAGUGACCUGUCAUGAGAUGGAACGGCAUAGUUGUGUUCAUAGGAAAUUCCUCUAACCACUUCAUGCAACAGAGGAUGUUUACAUUUAAACUUGAUUAGUUGAAGUAAAUGGUUUGCCAUUAUUACAAUAACAGGUAAAUUUAUUUUAUAGUAUAUUAAUGUUCAGUCUAAUUUCAAUACUAUAAUUUUUCAUGAUGUAAUUAGGAUACAACCAGAAGAGAUUGUCUCCCCCUGCAGGGUACUGUAAAAGUUUUCGACUUAACAUUUGCUUUUCAAGGACAAUCGUUUUGGAAGUUUUGGUAAAUGUUCUAUCAAAUAUCUCAUACAGGCUAUCUAAAGGAAUAGUGAAUAAGUUUUGUAGUUUAUAGUACGUUAAAUAAAUAUCAUUAUUAAAUUACACAUUUCAAAGGCAUGAUGGUGUUACACUGCUGUAUAGAAUAUGCUACCACUCAGCAUAGUAAGUUCUGAAGAAGCAAACAUCAGACGCCUUCCUCUGACUCAGAAACUCAAAAUGGAAGUAGUAGGAGCUUGACUUGUGUAUAAACAGCUGUCUAUUACCGCAGUUGGGUUUUGAGCACAGUGUUAAACACAUGAUGCUGAUUUUGAUUUGUGAGCUAUUAAUUAUUAGUACCUUUUGCUUUUUGGUGACUAAUUUGUCAUUUUGUGGCCUUUAUAACUGAAGCAAGUUUUUCUCCUAUUGUGGUGGGGUAUCUGAUAUUCUGCACCGCGCCCCUUGCCUGGAGAGAAUCUUGACCCCGAGUGUCUUAAUGACUGUGCCCAAGCAUGUGGGUUCAUAGCAGAGUCUGCCUUGAAUCACCGUCUUGAGGUCUCCUGACUGUAGGCAGUCCAUUUACACUCUGAGACAUGGCCAUUUGCUUGAAGCACAUGCAGUCUGUUUGCCACACGUGAUACUGGCACAUGGUACUGCUGUGAGUCUGACAUACCACACGGCUGUAUAGCAAGAUGGGUGUCGACAACCACAGCCAGCUUUGUGUCUGCACUAAAGUUCAAGUCAAGUCAAAAGAACUGUGACUGUUAGCACUGGCUGAGGGGUCAAAGUAUUAAAUGGGAAGGCAAGGAAAGAAAUGACAAGCAGCAACAGCCUAAAUAUUCUUCUUCUGGUCUGACCUCUGUGAUUCUUGCACAGGCGUGACUUCUGGAACCAGAAAUGUAUGCUGCAACCAGUGUUGUUACACCUAUCACUGUGCUUGGAGUGUCAUUGUGGCUGUACACUGUGCUGCUUACAGGGAAUGUUGAUGGCUGGCAAGGAUGUUGUGAGCAUCUAAGUAGGUGCUAAGUGAGUAAACACUAAAAGAGCAAGUGGCCAACCCUCAGAUGCAGCCUAGUCCAAUGCACGAGCAAGAAUUGUCUUUGUGGCAGCAUUCUAAAGAGAGUUGCCGGUUUGCUCCAACAUGCAGCAAUAUACCGUAAAAGCAUUAUGUAAGUGGAUCAACGAGGUGCCGUGAUGGUGUAGAGAGGCUGGCAUGUGGUCAGUGCCAGCAUCUGUGGCUGUGCAGAGCUUCCCAUUGACCGUGCCCAAAGACAGUGGUGCCACAGCCAUCCAGAGGAGCAAGCCAGAGCUGCCAGAUACCCGCUCUGAUUCCACUCCAAGUGGUGACACCUUCUACUUUGUAACCAACCAGCAAUACAACAAGAGUGCAUAUUAAUGAGAUUUAAGUAAUAACAAAGGUGAAAGUGAGCAUAGUCCCUAUUGAUAGGCCUGUUGCUGCUCACUGGUGAGAAUCUCAUCAUGAUGUCUGGAACUUGCCUGGAAGAUGCGAGUUGUUGCUCCCGACAUUGAGAGAGGCCCCACUCGACUUUCCAUGUGAUUCUUACAAAUUUCUUGCCAUAGCUCAUGCCACUUAAGGGAUGAGGAGAUUCCACACGAAGCUGCCUGCCCUUUAGCGUGUUGCACAAACUUCUGGGAUGUUAUUUCCACGAAUCUCACUCCGUCUCAUUGAUGGUUCUUCGAAAGUUUUCAAUAACAUACAUUUGUUCUCUGAAACAGCCUGUGAACCCCUGACUUACCCCAUGGGAUAAAUGCAAUGUGUAAAGGAAAUUCAUGCAUUUAUAUGGAAUUCCAUGCCUGUAACUUGGAGGCAUUUAGGUUAGUUGGGGGUGGUGUUGGUGAAUAGCCCCAAAGCAAGGUCCAAAGUAGAGCUGAGCCAGACAAAUAAGAAAAGAAAGAGAAACAAACUGGCUGGAAAGGCACUGAGUAGCCAGUAGCUGUAUGUUUGUGGUGCCUACAGAGGAUUUCAUUCAAACUUAAUGAAGACUUUUACUUGAUUCAGGUGGAAAUGCUGACAGCCAUUUACAAUCUUACUCAAAAAUUGCAUUCAAAGGGUCUUAGUUUCCAUAAGGUUCAGCUGCUGACUCCCUCAUUUUGCAGCCCUUACUGCAGCACAGUGAAAUUAAAAGUCAUCUCUUGUGUAUUCCUUUCACUUGACCUCAAGAAGAUGUCAACAGCAGUUACAAACUUAAAUGUCACAUUCUCAGAGUUUAGGAUAACAUUUAAACCAUCCAAUUAGAUUCCCGUUUGUAAUUUACUCUCAGGGAUUCCUAUUUCACGGUCUAUAAAAACCUGUCAACUAGAAUUCAGCCUGUAAAUCAUACCCAAAUAUCCAUUUACCUAUACUUGUCAAUAACUGAUCACAUCCAACAGUUCAUUAUUCUUUAUAUAAAUCACCCUUUCUAUAUACAGCCAAUAAUAAUACAAUAACUCAAACUAAUUAAGUGGCAAAACAAGACCCGAGAGAAGUACCGGAAGGGCAGACUGCAUAUUACAGCCAUUGCUUAUGGUUGCAUGAAGCACAGAAAAACUUCAAAGACUUACCCUUAUAUUGCAAUUCACACAAUCUCAGGACAUCCAAUGAAGUGUAAUUGGGGUAGUUAUAUGAUCGCAAGAAAGCUGUCAUUUUUUCCCUAUACUUUCUGGAACUUAACACGUAAUUCAUGAUGCUAUGGUGAACCUUGCUUUUGAUUUUUCACGUGCAAAGCCCAGAGUCUGGGAGCUGUAACCCAUCUAAAUAUCUUUCCAUUAACAAUUCAAAAGUGACAAAAAUAACUGUUUAAUAUAGCGGCUGAGCUGCAAUGGGAAAUAAAAAUAUUUUUCCUCCAAGUUCCCAGAUUGGCAAGCGACUAUUUGCACCAGCAGCACACAGGUGUGUUAAAAUUGUAGGCACUCUGAGAUAACCACACAGUUUAUAUUCACGGCAAAUUUCCUAGGUAAAUCUUUCACAGAAAUGGUUUAAUUUGUGCCACAGUGUGUAAAUUAUUUUCUUGUCAUUUUACAACCAAAACUUCUAGCAUAAUUUAUGCAAAAGAUUAGAAGGUCUUCUUGAGUUGGUCUGUGGUAUUGUCCUUAAACUUCCCCAAAAUUGGCUUAAAACUAUUUAUAGUUCAAUGAAAAAAUUCUUUGCACAGGUGCAUCAACAACUUAUUGGCAACAUUUGAAAGUUCUACCAAAAAAAAACAGAAAGUAACUCGGCCAAGAGAUAAUAUCUGGUUACUCACAUGUGAAUAGUGUUCUCACGAGUCACUUAAUCAAUUGGCACUACACUAGUAGGUUAUCUGAUUGUUCAUGACUAACAAUUUGAUGAACUGCGUUUGAGAACCGGUGUUGCCAAAAGAAAAUUAGUGAUCAGAUGAAUAGGACAAUUGGAGUGUUUCUUUGUUUCUCUAAUUGCAGUCAUUGUGAGUUUUAGAUGUGAACUUUGAUAUUAUUCUAAGUGUGAAACACACCCUUCGUUACUCAAUGAUAUUUCUGCUCGAUAUCAAAAUGGCUCCCAAAGCAGAGCUAGUUACUAAGAAACUGUGA